CCAUCGAUGCAAUCAACCAUUAACAAGCAGAAAUUCUAUCGUUCGCGGAUGCAGAAAAAUGGUAAAAUCCAUGUAGGAAAUUUGAACAACCAACAGCGGCUUAGCUUAGUUAACCGUCAUCGAGCGCCUACGGUCUGUCUAAGUUCCCAGCCGAGCCAGCCCACCUUCGCUGUCUAAACGCCCACGUUUCUCUUUUUCUGAUUGGUUUUCUCCGCCGGCCGCCAUCAACACUAACCAAACAAACAGAGCACAUACAUAUAAGAGAUCGAUAUCCAAAACGAUUUUGUUUUUCAUUUUAUUCUGUUCUGAAGAUGGAUCAAUCCGGAGACUCAGAAUCCGUCCUCAACCACCGUGUUCUCCUCCCUGACGGAAUCGUCACGCCGCUGAUUCUCACAAGCGACGGUUGGCUUCGGUGGUCGGAGAAAGGUCAACGGCGUUUAUCUGUUGAGAAGGAGGUUCUUGGAUUCUCCAUGGAUGGUCCGAAGAUUAGGAUCAAAGCUCUCGUGGAGGACCGUGGUGGAUUGCGGUGUUUUGGGAGCAACGGAGCUUUGACGAGGAAGGAGUUUGUGUUUCAGCCUCUUUCCGAAGAGUCGCGGGCGCUUUGGUGUCUGAAGCUCCGUGAAUGCAUCGAUUUGCUUGGUCGUCCAAAGAGGCUGUUUGUUCUCGUUAACCCAUUUGGUGGGAAAAGAGCUGGUUGCAAAAUUUAUCUAGAUAACGUGAAGCCUAUUCUUGAGGAUGCCGAAAUCGAUGUCACAAUGCAAGAAACUAAAUAUCAGCGGCACGCAGAGGAGGUUGCUUAUUCAUUGGAUCUUACUAAAUACGAUGGUAUUGUUUGUGUUAGUGGUGAUGGAAUCUUAGUAGAGGUAAUAAACGGAUUGCUGAGGAGAGAUGAUUGGGCUGAUGCAAUUAAGAUGCCUUUAGGAGUAGUACCUGCAGGCACUGGAAAUGGAAUGGCGAAGUCACUUCUUCAUUUAACCGGUGACCCUUGUACAGCAUGCAAUGCUACUCUUGCCAUCGUUCGAGGCCAUAAAUGUUCAUUGGAUGUCGCCACCAUUUCGCAAGGGGAGGCUAAACAUUUUACCGUGUUGAUGCUUGCUUGGGGAUUGGUAGCAGAUAUUGACAUUGAGUCGGAAAAAUAUAGGUGGAUGGGAAGUGCUCGGUUAGAUUUUUAUGCUCUCCAACGAAUUAUAAGUUUGAGGCACUAUAAAGGAGGUAUUUCUUUUGUGCCUGCACCUGGAUUUGAAGAUUAUGGAGAGCCGACAAGGUAUGAUUAUGAAACUGCUAGCGUAGUAGAGGUUGACAAAAGUGAUGGUGAGCCCAUUAAUAUUCAACGGCAUGGCUACGAAGGACCUAAUAUCAACUUGAAGGAUUUAGAUUGGAGAAAAUUUGAUGGACCCUUUAUUUCAGUCUGGCUUCACAAUGUACCUUGGGGAGCUGAAAACACCUUGGCAGCACCAGAUGCUAAGAUGUCAGAUGGCUUCUUGGACUUGAUUAUUAUCAGAGACUGCCCAAAAUUAUCCUUGCUGUCGUUGAUGACUCAGUUGAAUAAUGGAAAGCAUGUGAAGUCUCCAUUUGUUACAUAUAUCAAGGUCAAAGCAUUUAUUUUGAAACCUGGCACACGGGUCAAGGAGCCAAGCAAAGAAGGAAUUAUAGACGUAGAUGGUGAGAUCUUAGCUUUUGGGAGGGGAACUCUCACGACUAAUCAGAAAACUCUUAUGAAUUAUGAUAAACUUCAAAUCAGCGUGCAUCAAGGGUUAGCCACUCUAUUUUCCCCUUGUAGGAAUUGAUCUAAUCAGAUGAUCUUGAUCAAAUUUAAUGCUGACUAGGAACAGGAAACAACCCUGAUUUUUCCCGUAACUGUAAAGAAAUAAUAUAUAGCAAUUUAAGAGGUGGCAAAAUUGAGUGCAUAACUGUCCAGGGAAAUUUUCAGUUCAUAAUUCUUCUUGAUUUUCAAACAUUAUUUAUUUGAAAUGGUCUGAAAUGCUUCUGUUACAAA